ACAAAAACUCAAAUCGUGUUGAAAACGCCUGCGUGCGAGACGUGUGUUGCGGACUAAACGCGACUACUGUGCGUUCGCAGAUUAUUUUAUAUCUUUGUAAUAAUAUAUUGAUAAAUGAGAAUUUAAUAUCAUUUAACAAAGAAAAUUAAGCAAUAUUGAUACAAUUUGUAAACAAGAGUGUGUGUUCCAUAUAGAAUAAACAAACGCUGUGUUUUCAAGUGUUCAUUUUAGUGUUGGUGGGGUAAAUUUAAAGCAGAUUGUGUUGAAUUUGGCCGCGGGGUAAUAAUAAACAGCUGUUUAGCAUAGUAUGCUUCAUAUUGUGCCGGCGGCGGCGAAAUACUUGGCUGGUUACGGGGCAGCUAUUGACUUCCACGCUGUACUGACAUCGUUGCACUACCGAGUGCCGAGUGCUACAGAUAACGUCGCGAUAGCCGCUGAUAACGAGGCGUGACGUCACGCGUUGAUACCUCAGUGUGCCGCAGCCGAUCGAGAUCGCGCGACGUCUUGUGUUUUAUGUGUUCAAAAUGCGUAUCGGUGUUUGGUCGAGACUUGCCGCGUUCAGUUGGGUGGUCAGUUUUGCGGGGUGUCAUAACCCGGGUGAACUCGAGUCGGUGCGCUAUGGCCCCGGCGAGGAGAGGUUCGCCAGUGAUACUUACACCAUUGCUAAUAUCAAUAUAACUUAUAGAGACGAACACGGAGAACUCUAUACGGAGCUGUCAGAGUCGGGCAAGUAUGGUGAAGGGUACAUCGGUUCGGCGCGCGGGGUAGCAGUCCACGUGCGAGCGAAGGGUCCCGAGGGAGCUCAGGACCACACCGGCUGUACCUGGCCGCUGGUGUCCGUGGCGGCACCUAAUCAACCCCUGCCCACUGAACCCUGGAUAGCCGUCAUCCGCCGUGGUAGCUGCAACUUCGAGAUCAAGGUGCAGAAUGCUUGGCGGGCCAAUGCUUCAGCAGUGCUGAUCUACAACGACAGAGACACCACACUUCUGGAGAAGAUGAAGCUAUCCACAGAUAACGGACGGAACAUUAGCGCGGUGUUCACGUACAGGUGGAAGGGCAAGGAGAUCACCCAGCUGGUGGACAACGGCACCAGGGUCGUUAUCGGCAUCGUCAAGGGCCGGACCUUCACUCACAUCAACAACAAUAUCAACAAAACAUCGGUGCUGUUUGUGUCCAUAUCGUUCAUAGUGCUGAUGGUGAUAUCUCUGGCUUGGCUCGUCUUCUACUACAUACAGCGCUUCAGAUAUCUACACGCCAAGGAUCGCCUUUCUAAGCGAUUAUGUUGCGCGGCGAAAAAGGCGCUAUCUAAAAUACCUGUGAAGAGUUUAAAGACGGACGACAGGGAGGUGCAAGGCGACGGUGAAUGCUGCGCCAUCUGUAUCGAACCAUACAAAGUGUCGGAGACGCUGAGAUCUCUUCCUUGUAGACACGACUUCCACAAGAACUGCAUCGAUCCCUGGCUGCUGGAGCACCGAACCUGUCCCAUGUGCAAGAUGGACAUACUGAAGUACUAUGGCUUUGUGUUCACGGGAAGUCAGGAGAGCAUCCUGCAACUAGACGUGGAAGAGGCUCGGAGCAGGGCACUCAGUCCGGCCAGGAACCGGCAGCCACUCACCUUGUUGAGGAGCGAGCACUCGUACGAGGAGAGUAUCAGCGGCCGCAGUAGCCGUGCGUCGUCCCCCGACCACCUGGUGCCCGCGUCCGCUUCCGCUUCCGCCUCCGUGUCCGCCUCGCUCCCGCUGUCGCGAGCGCUGGCUCUCGCGCUCACUGAAGCCGCGCCACACAUGUUGAGCAAUGAAGCUUCAACAAGUGGUCAAAGCGAGGACUGUUCUCGUGGCGAAACCGCUCUGAGCAUCCCGAGCAUUGACUGAGCGCUCGUGACGUCACGCCCCGCCCCGCCGUGACGUCACCCCGCCCCCCGUGCCAAACGUGCCCGCGCCACAGAGUAUAAACUACGAUACGUUAUAUGUUCACAGAUUAAAAAUUAGAUAUGGCUAGGUAAUACAUUUCUGUUUAAAUAUAUUUUUAAAUUGACAUUGGCACUCAGUGAGAAAAAACUAAAUAAAGUGAUCAACAAUGAACAAUGCUGUGUUUUGAGUAAAAGUGAAUUUGUGGUGCAACUCGAUGUGAAUAGUUUUUACUCUGUGGGUUUGUGUUCGCGUAGGAAGCGCUAGGUGAUCCCCUGUGUUCAUUCAUCACGAAGUAACAAAAUACUCAAAAAAAAAAUACAAAAAAAUGAGAGACUUCCAGUGAUAAUAUGGUGGAUGACAAGUGAUAUUGUUUAGUGUAGACUAGUUAUAGACCGCGACUCCGCCUAGUCAACAUUGUCUUCUGCGAUACGAUGGAUCAGGUGCAAUGAAUUUAUAUCCUGUGGAUUAUAAAAAAUUGGUGGAAAAGUAAGAUUUUGAAAAUGUAAAUAACAAUGCAAUCUAUUAUAAAAAAAACUACGUGUGUAAAAUACAUUUAAUGUGCAUUUGACCAAAAUAUUGACCAAAUAUACAAAGUUUGUAUUAAAAAAAAAUUAGUUCUAUUAGAACUAAUUUUUUAAAUUUGUAUUGCUAUUGUUAAACUUUGUUUUCAAUCAUUGAAUAUGACACAUAAGUUAUGAAUUAAAUACGCUCAUGAAAAUGUAUUAUAAUAUAAAGCAAUGGCGGAAAUUGGAACAAUAGACGCCAUUUUGUCAGUUCAUUUUUUACACAUCAAUUUAUACUACAUUCAUAAACAAGUUUCAAACACAUCUAUUUAUACUACAUUAAUAAACAAGUUUCAAACUCAUCUAUUUGCACUACACUCAUAAACAAAUUUCAAACUCAUCUAAUUAUACUACACUCAUAAACAACUUGCAAACACAUCUAUUUAUACUACAUUCUUAAAAAAGUUUCAAACACAUCUAUUUAUACUACAUUCUUAAAAAAGUUUCAAACACAUCUAUUUAUACUACUUUCAUAAACAACUUUCAAACACAUCUAUUUAUACUGCUUUCAUAAAAAAGUUUCAAACACAUCUAUUUAUACUACUUUCAUAAACAACUUUCAAACACAUCUAUUUAUACUACUUUCAUAAACAAGUUUCAAACACAUCUAUUUGCACUACCCUUAUAAAAAAGUUUCAAACUUGUGUUUGACACAUUGAAUGUGUAAAAUUAACAUACCAAAAAUAUUUUGUGAACAUAAAAUAAUUGAGGUUGUGAAAGUUAGUCAGAUCUAAUAAUAAUGAUUAGAUUAUGCAAUAAAUGCUACUGAAAAUAGAUAUUUUAUAUUUUUUUGCUGUUGCGUCAACGUGUCUAUAUAUUUGUCAUAUUCAAUGGAUACAGUAAAGUUAUUAUUUGUUGUUGAUUGUCGAUCCAUUGUAUCUAAAGCCACUUGUUUCGAGCCGUCGAAAUUGUACUUAUGUUGGAUUUGAUCUCAUCAUUGUAUCCUUUAUUUCUGAGUAAUUGUAAUGGUUGUGUCGGCCCUUUGAUGGUUUAAUAAAUGUAAUAUUUGUCCGUCCUUACUCAUAACUUCUGUUGUCUAGCGCGCUAGUUCAUUGUAAUCAUAUAAUAUUAUAAUCAAGUACAUUUUCAAUAUUGUCGUAAUAAAACUUAUCUGAUUUCAUUUACGUUUGAUUGAUACUUUCGUUAUAUUUGAUAAUGAUUUAUUUUGAACUUUCUUGAGUUUGUUUUAAAGUUAAAAAUGCUAUGUACCUGUAAGUAGUGGAAGUAAAUAAUCGGUUAUAAAUUUUUAAUUUCCACCGGGCCCGCAACCAUGAGUUGAUUAGGGAAGCGGUAGACUGCAAAUUCGUGGCUCUUAUUUAGUUAUUACAAUCUAGUCGUGAUUAGGGCCGAGUUCGCUCGUCUGGUCGGCACUUUAGUGUCGUCUGGAGGUCUGGCGACACCUUAAUAAACCAGAGCCAAAGCGAACGAGCGACUCGUGUUAAUUAUAAGUGAAAAUAUAUUUUGUAAGCGAGCAUUUAAGGUGUACUUUUCGGGUACUUAUUAUUGAGGAAUCCAUUGGAUUUUAUAGUAACGAGGAGACUGGUAUGUACUUUACAUUAACAGAUAUAUUGAUAACGUUGUAUAUGUAUUUACAUUCCCGUCAUCAAGCGAAACUGUAUCAUAUUGUGUUACAAUAAAACCAAUACAGUAUUUA